CCUCGCUAAUGAGAUGCAGGGAAAAUGUAACAGUCAAGUCUUAACCCUUCCAGUUACCAAGCAACAAUUCCACGUGGCUAGAUCGACGUGAGUGAGAGGAUGAGCCAGAUCGGAGUAAAAACGAAAAAAAACAAAACCGAGUGCCAACGAAAACAACCGACUGAUCAUUCGAUUCAGUCCCGAAGUCGUGAUGCGAGAAUCUACCGGAAUCAACUGAUUAUCGUCAGAAAUAUAAUUUAUUUUAAUGAUUUAUUGUGAGAAGUGGGUGAAGAUCAUCGAAACUCAUGAGCCAGUUGACAAAACGUGUAUAAAGGACCUCGGGUUUAAAAAUAGUUGAAGAGAUACCCCGUAUUCUUUUUCAAGGUAGACAAGCUGUGGAUGAUGCUGAAUAAUUUUCAACAAUUAUACAAUUGUUUUACGGUGAUUUGUUGAACUGAGGAAUUUAAAAAUUAACGAGUAAUUGACAGGAUGGCAUCGAGAGGGAAUAUGGCACAAGCAUUGGGCACAGAUGGCAGUGAUUUUACUCACAGAGAAAAAGUUCCAACACAAUAUCAAAUCAGUGCUCUCAACAAGUCAAGACUGAAAUAUUGUAUAUUUUUUCACUACCUCCUAUUCUUCGUUAUGUUGACGAAGUUGUCAGCAGAUAUUUUAGAUCAUUUAGAUAUAUUUAUUUUGGAAAUUGAGGAGUUACAAAUUCCACAGCCACUAUUGUGGGAAUACAUCUGGUGUUCGAGUUUGCUGGUAUCAUUUCUAGGACUAGCGGCAGUAAAGAAAAAUCAAAUAAAAACACUUCAGAAAUAUAUGAUUGGCAUUCUCCUACUUGGAUUUGGCCCACUGUUUUAUGCUUUUAUUUACUAUAUAUCUGAUGUUUGGAUUUAUUUGACUGUUGGCAAAACCGAUGAGAUACAGUUGUGGCAGGGAUAUCCCUAUGGAUUUUUAUGGUACGCUUUCAUUCUUCUGGCGAUACAAGUUCAUUCGUGUUCUCUUCUAUUUUCCUGGAAAUUACUUGUUGCGUGGAAAUUACGCGGUGGCAAAAAAUAUCAGUGAAUCAUAUAGGAAUAAAAAAGAACUAUGCAAAAUAAAAGAAUGAUGAAUCACUUAA